AUGCCCAGCUUUGCCGACAUCUACGCGAGCUGCUUGUACGCUGCGGGAGAAGGCCUGCCCCUCUGGAAUCCGUCCCCGCUCCGCCUUGGAGACGUCGGCUACGUUCGCGAUGGCUCCUUCAUCGUCCUCUACAAUGCCGUCGAUGGUCCCGCCGCCUUGUCCGAUGCGGCUGACAUGAGCCUCGCCCGUCAGACGGAUCGCUCCGCCUCCCGCGAGCGUUCACGCGCUGGCUCCAACGCCUCGGACUGGAUGGACCUGGACGAGUCCAGUCAUGCUGCUGGUGCAGUAGCAGCAUCGUCCAGACGUUCAUCGUUGGCGACGUCGAGCGUCGGCUCAUCUCUGGCAUCCGUCCCCAUGUCCAGAUCGGCAGCAUCCGACUCGCUUCUGUCGGCCGCUAUGAAGCAGACAUCUCCAACAUUCGCCCACCGUAAGCUCCGCUCAGAUACGCCGCCCGAGGGCCCAUACCCUCCCAUGCCGCUGGCUGUCGAUCAGGAGGUGCCCAAGCUCUUCGACAUGGGUCCACGCAUGUCGUCCAACUAUCGCUGUCUGGGCAUCGACGUGGGUGCCACCGUUCCAGGCACCCCGGCCAGUGUCAAGAUCGGCUUCGAGAGCUCGGGCGGAGACGGCGCCAUCCUCAUCCCGCGCGAUCCUACCGAGCGCACGCGGCUCAAGUACCUCGGCGUGCUCAAGGCGUACAUCAAGGCGCACCACAAGUGGAUCUACGACACGUACGGUCGCAUCGAGGCGAUCGGCAUCGACGACUUGGCGCUCAUCUACGGCCAGGACCGUACGUCGGACUGGGCGGUGGCCGUGUCGCGCGACACUGCACGCGGCGCGCGCGUCGAGUUUGAGAUCUUUGGGAGCAUCUCGUCCGGAUUCUGGGGCAACUGGUCCCACACGCUCAGUGCCUGUCAACGCGGACCCCAUCGACCAAAGGGGAGGCGCAACAUGGCCGCAGCGGCCACAGAGCCUGACGGACACAAGGCGCAGCCCAUUCACGCGCCCGUCGUGCGCAAACGCAGCGUCGAAGAGCCCAAGUUUGGGACGGGCGUUGGCAUCGGUGAAGGCAUCUUUAACGCCUCGUUCUCCUUCUCUCCGUUUGCGAAGAAGAAGGACGAGGCCGACGAGGCUCCCGUGCGUGGUCGCAGUCGUUCGCCACCGCGCCGCGCGCACAGCAUCACGUGGUCAGAGGUGCAUGCGCCGCCGGACCAGACCAUCUCGAUCCGUCGAAUCACCGCUUGCACCAGCCUCGGUGGCUUCCUCCCUGCGCGGCCUCGAGCGGCAGCCGAGCCGCGCGAUCCCGAUGUGGAUCCUAGGCGCGACGUUGAGGGCGCUCCUCUCUCCAGCACCGAUGGAUCCGCUCAGGACGACGGCGACGGCGAAACGAGCUCGGAUGAGCAGUGGAGCGACGAUCCGCUGGAGGCGCUGCAUGCGUGGGUCCACGAGCAUGGUGGCGCUCGAGUCAAGGUAUCGAUCGCGUCGGACGACGACUGCCUUCGGCUGCUGACGCUGCUUGGCAAGGAGCACGCGGUUGCGAUGGGGCUGCAGAAGGCUGUCUCCAUCGCUGCGGACCGGUAUGCGAGCAUCGCCGUGGACGAAGACGGAUUUGCCACGAUCGCGAUGAAGCCGUUUGCGAUUUCUUCAGCUGCAGCAACGACGAUUCGCGUCCGGUCGCGGCAGAGCACGGCCGACGUUGGGGACGAAAAGGAGAACGUCGGCCUGCAACCGGCUCUGCGUGCGUUGCCGCGUGGCGCGGCGUCGAAAUUGCGCGUGCUGCAGCCUUCGUCUCGGUUCGAUGCGAUGCUUCCAUGCCGAUCGAUGCGCGCCUUUGGUGCUGCACCAUCCCCGCUCGUCCGUCUGUGA